GGGUUGUGAAGCUCAAUUUAUUAAAAAAUAAAUGUUAAAAAAGUUUAAUGUAAUUAUAAAUAUUUAAUGAAAUAAACAAAUAUAUAUUUAAAAGAUAAAAUCAGAAAACACUUUAAAAAGUAUUUAAUAUUUUAUCCACAUAGGUGCUAACAAAAUGAGGGUAAUAAUAGCACUCACCUAGCAGGGUUGUUGUGAGAAUCAAAUCCGAAUAAAUGAAAGCUUAAAAUUUUUAAAAAUGUAAUUGGGUAAGAUUUAAUAAAUAAGUUUAAAACAUUUUGAAGAAAUAUCAAAUCAGAUUUUUAAAAAUUGCUUUGUACUGUACCUAACACAGAGUAGGUGUUAUAUAAUAACACCUCUCAGGGUCAAGAUGAGAUCAAGUUAGAAAAUAUUUUUUAAAGUGUCUACACAUAGUAGGUGCCGUAUAGAAGCUCAUUCCUUUCCUCUAUAGGACAUCCUAUGUUAAAAUACAACCUACAUAAAGCAUGGUGACAUUUCUUGAGCCAACACAAAUGCUAGCACAGUUGCAAGGAGGAAGGCUAUUAGUAUCCAUGGCAACCAGGGGCAGCUUUUCACGCUUUAAGAAAUGGCCGCCAGCAAGUCUAUUUCACUCCCACAGGGCUUUGGAUUUCCCUAUUGGACAAUACAACCCAAGUCUGGUAUUUAGUAGGCGGAUGUGACAUCAUCAAGAAACUUCCGGUUCCGUGUGUGGAAAUCAGGACUGAGAGAGCUACGCUGGUUUCAUCCUUACUGUCGCAGCGCACGUGGGUCUAGGUGUCCUGGUUGCUGGAACGAUGGCCGACUUGGACCGAAUAGUGUCCUGCUUCCCACUCUCCUCUGGGCUGCUGUGACGUAGGCGUGUCUGUUCUUGUUGAAUGAAUGAAUAAGUGAAUGGGUUCUUUACUCUUUGUUACUCCGUCACUGAAAGCCAAAAACAAAACGGGCGAAGCGAUUCCUUGAGAAGAGAGAGCCUAAACUCAAUGAAAAUGUUAAAAAUGCUAUGCUUAUUAAAGGGGGAAAUGCAAAUGCAAUAGUUACUCAAGUACUUAGGGAUGUGUAUGCUUUGAAGAAACCUUAUAGUGUUUUAUAUAAAAAAAAAAAUAUUACAAGACCUUUUGAGGAUCAGACAUCACUGGAAUUUUUUUCAAAGAAGUCAGACUGCUCCUUAUUCAUGUUUGGGUCUCAUAAUAAGAAACGACCAAACAAUCUCAUAGUAGGUCGUAUGUAUGAUCAUCAUGUCCUAGAUAUGAUUGAGCUGGGUAUUGAGAAGUUUGUCUCACUUAAAGAUUUUAAGAACAGCAAGUGCCCUGAGGGAACAAAACCGAUGUUAAUAUUUGCUGGUGAUGCUUUUGAUGUAAGUGAAGACUAUAGAAGAUUGAAAAAUCUUCUUACUGAUUUCUUCAGAGGCCCCACGGUACCAAAUAUUCGUCUUGCUGGUUUAGAGUAUGUCUUGCAUUUCACUGCAGUGGAUGGGAAGAUUUACUUUCGGACUUAUAAAUUAUUGUUGAAGAAAUCUGGUUGCAGAACACCACGAAUUGAAUUGGAAGAAAUGGGACCAUCCCUGGAUCUGAUCAUGAGAAGGACAUAUUUGGCAUCAGAUGAUCUUUAUAAGUUAUCUAUGAAAUUGCCUAAAGCCCUGAAGCCAAAGAAGAAGAAAAAUCUCUCCCAUGAUACUUUUGGUACAACUUAUGGAAGAAUUCACAUGCAGAAACAAGAUCUGAGUAAAUUGCAAACCCGGAAAAUGAAAGGGUUAAAGAAAAGACCUGCAGAAAAGUUAACUGACAAUCAAGAAAACAAAUCUAAGAAAAUUAAGAGGAGGAAAAUUGAUUGAAUUUUGUCUUCAGUUGUUUGUUAUUUUCUUUUGCAGAAAAGAACUGUCAGAUGUAAACAAUUCUAUAAAAUUUAUUACAUGUAUCUUUUAUGGCUUUUUUUGUUAAGUAGUAAAUUUAUAAUUUAGAUGAUUAGAUUGUAAACUCCUUGAGGAUAAGAACUAAUUCAUCUUUGUAUCUCCAGUGCUGAUAUAGUGCCUUCUAAAUAGUAAGGUACUUACAUGUUUGCUAAAUCAGAUUUUAUCAUGAUCAUUCUUUUGAUAUGGAAGGAGUAUGGUGGCAUAGGGCUUAAAAUAAAUGUAGUUUGCUUCAUA